GCCUAUGAUUGGAACGAGGAAAAUUGGAAAAUGCAUUCUGUCAAAAUUAUAGAGAACGCCAUGAUGUUUCCGAUUGCAUUUUUCACCAAAAAUCGCUGACCUUGUGCGGGGCGGACAACGGAAUGUAUUUAAUUAAAUUUAUCGAUGAAGCAUGACGUCGGAGGUUAUGGCCAAUGGAAAAAAUAAAUUGGAUCCAGCGUUAACUGAUCUCUACACUACGCUGCGCGAAGCCGAAAAUAUCCCGUCAACAGAAGAGGAGCUCGCCUUCCUCAGCGAACUGCUACAAUCCAAAGAGCUUAAUGCUUUGGUGAACGUUCACAACAAAAUCCUGACCAACGUUGAUAGGAAACAUUUCUUCCCUAUCCCGGUACUCUCUGACGCCAUGCAAGUCAUGGCUGACGUGCUAGAAGUGCUCAUCUCCCGGCCUUACAUGAGCGAAGACUGCAAAGAGCUCUUCUCUGUCCUCCAGAGGCCUCACUUGCAGGGAUUGCUAUGUGCCCACGACUCUGUCGCUCAAAAGGACUACUACCCUCAUCUGCCGGAGUUGCCGCCGGAGCCUGACGAUGACGAGGAAACUAUCAAGAUAGUCCAAUUGGUGAAGAGCAACGAACCGCUGUCCGGUACUCAAAGUGCAGAACCGAUAGUUGGCGCCACCAUUAAAACCGACGAAACCACCGGCAAAAUCGUAAUCGCCCGCGUGAUGCACGGGGGUGCGGCCGACAGGUCGGGUCUCAUCCACGUCGGUGACGAAGUGGUUGAGGUCAACAACAUCAACGUCGAAGGCAAGACGCCCAAUGACGUUUUGCAGAUCUUGCAAAAUUCCGAAGGAACCAUCACCUUUAAACUAAUACCGGCCGAGUGCAAAACAAACGCUAGGGAGAGCAAGGUGAGGGUGAGGGCUCAUUUUAACUACAUAGCGCUCAUGGACCCCUACAUACCGUGCAAAGAGGCCGCGUUGGAUUUCAAAAAGGGUGACGUGCUGCACAUCGUCUGCCAAGACGAUCAGUACUGGUGGCAGGCGCGAAAAGAGGGUGACAGACACAUGAGGGCGGGUCUGAUCCCGAGUAGGGCUCUGCAAGAGAAACGCAUAGUGCACGAACGCACUGAGGAAAAUAACGAGGAGGCGGACGGGCUGUGCUCUGUUUCAGUUUUGCCUGACGAUGGCUUGACAUGCAGCCCGAAAUCUCCCCGCUGUUUGUCGAUCGCUGCAGAUAAAUAUAAAACUAAAACGAUUAUCUAUGAUACAGCGGAAAAUGACGAUUUCGAUCGCGAGACGAUUGCCACCUACGAGGAGGUAGCGAAACUAUACCCCAGGCCGGGCGUGUACAGGCCUAUAGUGCUGAUCGGGCCCCCGGGGGUCGGCCGCAACGAGCUGAAACGUCGGCUGAUCGAUACCGAUCCCGAGAAGUACAGGACGCCUACGCCCUUCACCAGUAGGCCCAUGAAACCGGGCGAGGUGAAUGGCAAGGAGUACUACUUCGUGGCGAGGGAGCAAAUGGAGGAGGACAUCGAGCGGGGCAAGUUUAUCGAGUUCGGCGAGUACAAGGGCAACCUAUACGGCACGUCUUCGGACAGCGUAAAGGCGAUCGUGAAUUCGGGUCACGUGUGCAUCCUAAACCCCCACUACCAGGCGCUGAAGAUGCUGCGCACCGCGCAACUUAAGCCCUACAUCGUCUACAUCAAACCUCCUAGGCUCGAGAUCCUCAAGGAGACGCGCAUGGCGAACCACGCAAGGUCCACCUUCGACGCCAACAAUUCCAGGGGAUUCACGGAGGACGAGUUCAAGGACAUGCUGAGGUCCGCCGAGCGCAUCGAGUUUCUCUACGAUCACUUCUUCGACGAGACCAUCGUUAACGACGACCUCAUGGUCGCGUUCGGCAAGUUGCUGGGCGCCGUGAACCGGGCGGAGACCGAACCCCUGUGGGUGCCCGCGUCCUGGGUUCAGUAAGCGCAGGCGCGGGAGAAAGAAAACCCUUUCUCUUCGCUAGAGUUUAUAAAGACCAAUUUUUUUUUAGUAGGCGCCGAGUACUUGUAAAUAAACCGAGCAGUGUCGUGGCGAAAUAAAAAUAACGCCCUGUAUAUGUUUUUCGAAUUACGCCGUUUUUGAAAAAAAAAGAAAGAAAUGGAAACGAGCGGGUUGAGAGGGCGGUCAUCGAAUUUUUUUUUAUGCCUUAUUGCCUUUCCCGUAGCGCUAUAAAUUGCAGAUCUACGCCACUGCAUCAGCAAACGUGGCGUGUACCUUCAGUAGAAUUCGACGCGCAGUGUCCGCGAAAAAAUAUUAAUUUUGUUUCGGCUCUUAUUUUGCUGCUGUGUGUGUGUUUUUUUUUUUAAUUAUGCAUGGAAUCGAAAAUAUCGUCGGGGUUUGAGAAGCAGAAAACCUUCAAAAUUAAUUUCAACAUAAAUUGACGUGUUUUGUGAAAAUGAUAAAAAUUUAGUUAUCAGAUCGCUCACUUUUUUCAAGGACAUAGAGAUUUUCAUUUUUCUUUGUAUAUUUUUGACGUCAUAAAAUGUAAUCCAGUUGCCGCUGACAACCUAAUUUGGAGCCAUAUUUACACCUAGAACAGGUUUUAACCUAAUCGAAUGACCGAUUGCCAGCGUUGCAGGUCUAUCUGGGUGAACCAUUGGGAUUUCGGAAGAGGUAUCCAGGCCGAUAAUAUUCCCCUAAAAAAUGGGAUUUAUCUAAAAUUAAAAAAAAUCCGCCGAGACUUUAGGAGCUUCAUCUCGUGUGAAUGUCAAAAAUCCAACACGAAGUUUCGUAUUUUUUUAAUCAUAAUCAACUUUAAUUUGUCCCUAGAAUGCGCUUAAUUUUUGUCGAAGUCAAAAGGCAAAUAGGAAGUUUCGUAUUCUUCAAACUUUAAUUUUCGUGAUGGAUGCUUGUAAUAUUGGCGCCCUUAUUACCUUUGUAAUGACGUAUUUGAUUUUGAUGGUGAAUCCCAGAAUAUUAUCUUUUACCGGGUUUUCGAGAUCCCAAUGGUUCGAACGUCACUGCACUAUAGUUUUGGUGGGCGCCGCAAGUUUUCUGCUACUCAUCAAAGAGGUUUUAAUGUCUUCAAAAAAUAUCUGGAUUUCCAUGUUGUAUGUAAAACUAAGCUAACGAUAAAGAAGGAAGAAAGUUGCAUGUUAUAUUAGCAUAACGCUGUCGGGUUCAAGUGGGCGGGGUCCGAACGCCCUACCGUUGUCGAACUGUGACGUAGCAUGAAUCUGGUUCUCCAAAAUGAAUCCUUCGGCCCAUGAAAGUCUUGGGUCCCGAUAGCUGUCCCUUUUAGGACGACGCACGAUCGUAUAAAUCUGUGUCCGCAUUUGCUACCCUAGACGUUGAAGUUACCGACUUCGAACACUGCCAUUUGAUUAUUAAUAACUCAUCGAUUUCAUCCCUCUUCCUUUUUCGCGUUGUGUUUUUCGUUCCCUUUAACUCGCCUGUCUUUUCGUCCCAUCGAAUUGUUACUUGUUAAUGUUAUUUGUCGUAGAUUUAAUUCGUAGAUUUAUAAACGGUCCCAAUAAAGAUAUUUCGU